CACAAUGUACGGUUCUUCCAGCAGGAGUAACAGGCUGUCCCUCCGCCGGGAUACGCUCCACACAUAGCUAGCCGCACUACAGCAGCACACGUAACGUGCACCGGAAUCACAGGACGAGAAUGUGAACAAGCCGUGGCCAGGAAACACCUCCUCUCAGAUGAGUAUAUCUCACACCCGCCGCUUCCUCCUGUCACUCCCUCCACCUGUGUGAAGAGACGGUGCAUCUACUGACAGAGGAAGAGCAGUCGGACAUGGUGUCUCCUGGGACGUGACCCUGUGCAGCAUCUCGUGCUCUUUCCCACUUGCUUCUAGUCCGGGCAGAGACAGAGCAGCGACUUCAGUAAUCAUGAAGGACCGUCUCAGUGAGCUACUGGAAUACGCAAGACUUCACAAUCAAUAUGUUCAGAGUAGUGAUGAGGACAGUCCAGAAGAUGUUGCUAUGUUUGAAACUGACCAUUCUUUAGAAGUCCUGUACCGGGAUAUACAAUUAAUCCGCACAGAAAACCACUUGUUGAAGGUUGAUGUAAGACGCUUGGGGAAGCAAACAACACGCUUUCUUACAUCAAUGCGUCGCCUUAGCAGCAUAAAAAGGGACUCCAACAGUAUAGCUAAAGACAUUAAGCUACGAGGAGAAGGCAUCCACAGGAAACUCCAAAACCUCAAAAACCUUAGUGAAGAUGCUGAAAACAAGUUUGGGGAAAGUUCAGUGAUAGCACGUGUGUCCAAAGCUCAGUAUAUUACCCUCACACUUGCUUUCCAGCAAGCCAUGGUUGAAUACAAUGAAGCUGAAAUGGUUCAACGAGAGAACUGCAAAAUCCGAAUCCAACGUCAGCUUGAGAUCAUGGGGAAAGAUGUGUCAGGAAACCAGAUUGAAGAUAUGAUUGAACAAGGGAAAUGGGAUGUCUUCUCUGAAAAUCUUCUCUCUGAUGUUAAAGUUGCACGCUCAGCGCUAAAUGAAAUUGAAACGCGGCACAAAGAGCUCAUAAAGCUGGAGACACGUAUAAAAGAGGUCCAUGAUCUCUUCUUACAGAUGGCCCUACUGGUUGAAGAGCAGGCUGAGACUCUAAAUGUUGUUGAGUUAAACAUGGAAAAAGUUCAAGAUUAUGUUGGCGCAGCAAAAGCACAAAUCAAACAAGCUGUAGAGUAUAAGAAGAAGAAUCCGUGCCGCAGGAUGUUUUGUUGUUGCUGCCCUUGCUGCGACUGAAGCCAAAAGUUUCCAUGAACAGAUUUUCCUCAAGCUGGGGGUCUUAUUUAUAGAAAACUGUAUGAACUUGCAGUGCCUUACAAGUAUUCAAGAUCUUUUUCCUUUUUUUUUUUUUUUUAUUUCACUCUAUUAUAUAGUUACUGAAUAUUGAUGCUGAAAAAAAAAAAAAAUCCUGUUUGUGAGUAAUCCUGUAUAUGUAUAAAAAUGUUGUAUGUGACUGUUACAUAUAGAAGUCACUGCCUUGUUUUAUUCUUUACAUAAAAAGGUUUAUUUUA